CGAGAUAUGGAGAACCACAGCACCACCAGAGUGGUCCUGCUGGCCUGUGGGUCAUUCAACCCCAUCACCAACAUGCACCUCAGGAUGUUUGAGCUGGCCCGGGAUCAUCUGGAAGACACAGAUAGGUACACGGUGGUGAAGGGAAUCAUCUCUCCGGUGGGCGAUAGCUAUAAAAAGAAGGGCCUGAUCGAAGCCUGCCACCGGCUGGAGAUGGCCAAACUGGCCACAGAAACCUCAGACUGGAUCACCGUGGACUCCUGGGAGAGCUUGCAGCCGGAGUGGGUGGAGACUUGUAAAGUCAUACGGCAUCACCAUGAGGAGCUGCUCGCGUCACAGCAGAGCACAGAUGACGUGGACACAGGAAAGUUUGCCAAAAAGAGACGCGUGGAGGAAAGUUCAUUUGAGGAAUCAAGUCAUCAUAGAAACAGAGGUGACCCUCAGCUGAUGUUGCUGUGUGGGGCGGAUGUCCUGGAGUCCUUCAGCAUUCCCAACUUGUGGAAGCCUGAGGACAUCGCAGAGAUCGUAGGCGACUAUGGUGUUAUCUGCAUCAGCCACAGCGGCAGCAACUCGCUCAAGUUCGUCCACCAGUGCGACACACUGUGGAAGCACCGCAAAAGAAUCCACUUGGUCAACGAGUGGGUCACCAACGAGAUCUCGUCCACCCAUGUGCGGAGGGCGCUGCGCCGAGGCCACAGUGUGAGAAACCUGCUGCCAGACAGUGUCCUAUACUACAUCCAGCAGCAUGAGCUGUACAGCUCAGAGAGCGAGCAGAGAAAUGCCGGUGCGGUUCUCGCCCCCCUGCAGAGAUACACGAGAUGA